GGUAAAAGAGCGAAGCUGAAAACGAAAUCCCUCCUCUUACCCGUCAGUUCCUAUCUCAUCAUCUUCCUUCCUCCGCCACCAGCCUUCACCGGCCUCAUUUGCUCACUGCCAAUCCCAAAUCGAUGCCAAUUAAUUCUCAAACAAACUCACAUUUUCCAUAUUAUUUAUUAUUUUAUUAUAUCUCUGAACCCAGUGCCCAAAUUCACAUUUCACAUUUCACAUUUCACAGUCACGUGACCCGCACGCUCUUUCCCGCCCUCACAAAAAUUAACCUGCGCCACCUUUCAAAUUCCCCCUCACUUUCCCACCAUUUUUUCUAAGCAAAAGAGCGUGGCCAGAGAGAGAACCGUUCGUUCCAUUCAACCACCACCGCAAGCGAUGGUGGACGGCGGAGAGUUCGCCGGCACCAUUUGUUCGAUCUGCUACGAGCCUCUCAACCCCGUUAGCGAGGACCUUCAAUCCGUCUCCAUCUGCGGCCACGUCUUCCAUGAGCUCUGUCUGCAGCAAUGGUUCGAGUACUGUUCUAGAUCGAAGAAGCACACGUGUCCCGUUUGCAAGCAGAGUUGCAGAGCCAGCGACGCGUGCAGGCUUUAUUUUCAGUCAGUGGGAGAUGCGAACGAUGGGGUGAAGCCUCAGAAGAGCGUUGAAUUUGAGGAAGAUGCUGGGGUUCUACGUAGGGAAGUGAAGAGAUUGGAGGUGAAAGUUUCGGGGCUUGAUUCUGAGUUAGAACGGAAAUCAAAGGAAUUAGAAGGGCUUAAAGAGGAGCUUUAUGCUUGCAAGGACCAGGCAAAGAUAGAAAAAGCAUUAAAGAAUGAGGCUUUGAAUCAAAAAGCAUCCAUACAAUUCCAGCUUCAUAAGAAAUCAGAGGAGCUUGAGAAGUCAACUUUGGAGUGUUUUAGAUUGAAAGAUACGAAUAUGGCUUUGGCUAAAGAACUUGCAGCAUUAAAAUUAGUGUCUGAUCUGGACAUUGAUGAAGAGGAGGUUUUGAAGCUUGCCACUCUGGGUAAUGGGGCCAACAGUAAAGAUACAAUAGAUACAUUGAAAAGAUCUCUCGUCAUGAGGAACAGGAGUUACAAAGAAUUGAUGGCCAAGUGCAAUAUUCUGGGAAGAGGCGAGGCUCGUUAUAGCAAAAAGCUUGAAAAGGCUAAAGAGAAGAUCACUAAAUUGAAGGCAAGGCUACUGGAAUUGGAGACAUUAGCUGAAGUAAAAGAAAAUGAACUGAUGUCUGUGAAACUUUCAAAGAAAACAAAGAGGUUAAAGAAUCUUGAAAAUAACAUCAAUUCUGAUUCUGAUGCAUUGACAGCUUGUAAAUUUUCAUUAAAAGAGCAAAGCAAGCAAAUUUCAACACCCAAAUCUGGAAUGGACCUGACUGCUAAAGACAACAGUAAAUCUUUACAAUCUUUGAAGACAGAGAACUCCAGUGGUGAUAAAAAUAAGACGGUGAAUAUUAGUAAUGUAAGUAAAACUACCUUUUCUCUUGAUAAAAGGAGAGAUUAUAUCUCAAUUGAUGAAGAUGAUUCAGAAGGCACUAAAGCUUUACAAGGAUGUUCAAAUCUCAAGUACAAAGAUCAAGACAGGGAUGAUAUUGCUUUUAGCAAGCCUUCUCUAGUGAAGCCAGAGGCCCUGUCUGGCAUACGGACCGAAACAUUAUUGCAAGGAAAAUGUACUUUGGCCGAGUCUCCCAGAGUUGAUAUUGACAUUGACAUGGCUAAUGUUUCAGCUGGUGCUAUGAAUGAAGAUGUAACUUUUCAAACCAAUGUUAAAGAACCCAUGGUAAACAUUCGAAAGGAGUCACCAAUAGCACUUUCAAAUUCAGUUCCAGGGAACAUAUGCUUUUCUGGUGGAUUGCUUGGUCCUGAUGGAACUCAUCGAUACUUGGGUAAAUGGUGCAAGCGUGGACUGAACAGUGAAUCAUCAUCUGCAAAACGUUCAAGUAAUGGGGAUUUAAUAGCUGUUGGGGCUGAUGGUAGAGGUGGCAAAAUUAAAGUUUUAAGGACUCCUAGCCAAAUCCUCUCGGGUGGUAAGGAAAAUUCAGUAAGUUCAAAAAGGUUGAAGUUUGGAGCUAAAACAAGUAGUUUGCAAUCUCAGGGGUGCUUGCAGAUAGAGCAUUUUUUUGGUAGAGUCACUCAGUAAUAUAUUGGUCUGUCUAGGCGUGGUUGUGAUGUCCUUGCUACAAAGUAAAGGAAUGCACCUGUCACAUAAGGGAAAACAUGACAGAUUAAAGUUUUUGUUUUUUGGGGGAAAGUUUUCAUCGCUUUGAAUAAGCUUUGGGGAUUUUGGCUAAAGGUGUAUCAAAAUCAAGUAAUUGACUCCUUGGCUUCGGAGGAAAAAUAAGUUUAUUAUAUUUUCUCAUGCUAC